AUGACGCAGAGCUGGGACUACAUCGCCAAAAUCGUCUCGCUGGGUGACUCUGGCUGCGGAAAGUCGAGUCUCACCAUAAGACUGUGCGAAGGCCGCUUCAGCCCGCAUCAUGAUGUUACCAUCGGAGUCGAGUUUGGCAGUCGCAUUGUACCCGUCGGUCCACCCGCUUCAUUGGCCCUCAAAGUCAACAACCCGUCCACCGACGCUCCUCCCACCGAGACAAUCGCCAAUACCGACUCGCAAAAUCAAAAGCAUAUGAAACUAUCACUGUGGGAUACCGCCGGACAAGAGACAUACAAGUCAAUCACGCGAUCCUACUUCAGAGGUGCUAGCGGUGCCUUGCUAGUCUUCGACAUCACCCGUCGCGCAACCUUCGACGCCGUGACAGCGUGGUUGAAUGAUCUUCGUCAGAUAGCAGAAGAGAAUAUCGUUGUAGUGCUCGUCGGCAACAAGAGUGAUCUUGCUUCAUCGACAACAGUCGCCGAAGGUAGCGGCUCUGAGAACAAGCGACAAGUCACGCGAGAAGAGGCCGAGGCAUGGUGCACAGAAAACAAGGUUAUGCAAUACGUCGAGACCUCGGCCAAGAGUGGCGACAACGUCGAAAGAGCCUUCCGUGAGGUUGCAGAAAGGAUAUACCAGAACAUCGAAGCCGGCAAAUACGACUUGAACGACCGGCGCUCCGGAGUCAAAGGCCCUGGCGCAUCUGCUGGCACAAACACUGCAAGGACCAUCAAUUUGGGUAUGAAUGAUGCUGCCUCUGUACAAAAACGUGGCAAGCAGGGUGGAUGCUGUUAA